ACUCAGUGUAAGAACAGUGGUUAAAAAUUUUACUUCAUCAAUGAUAGAUAUUACGUUAGUGGUUGAUUUUUAUCACAUACUAGUCGCUUGUUAUAAACGGGCUCAGACUUUAGGGAGCGCAUUUUGAUCAGGCGAGCGCCAUUUUGUUUUGGGCUUCAGAAGAGAAAAACGCCAUAGGGAGUAACACUGAGACAAUGCAACAUGGCGGCAAAUCCACUCAAUCGCUAGCUAAGCUAAUAUCGAUAAUUCGCGCUCCCUCAGAAAACGCCUGCAUACAUUUUGCAACACGUGGGCCCCUGUAACUGACACAAAACCAAUGUAGUGUACUUCAUAAAACUGAUGUGCCUCUUUACUAAAUUACGUGGUUAGAAAAUUAUCAAACCAUAAACUUAAGGUGGCGAAUGAUGAAAGUAUGAUGCUUCCUCUCCACUUUUACUACUUCUCACAUUAAACCAGUGAAUAUCUAAGCUGUCAGGAAUUCAUUCUCCCUUUUCUCUUUAUUAAACGUAGAGGGCCUCGCGACUGUGUAACAUCAUCAACAACGUUCAGUCAUGCUUCAAACAUCUGGCAUUGCCAUAGCGACGGUACACUCCGUACUUGUCAUCGUUGACAUCGUUGGAAAUUGUCUCGUUUGUGUGAUCAUAAAGAAACAUCGAGACAUGAGGACUCCCAUCAACUAUUUACUUGUGAACCUGGCUGUAGCGGAUGCCAUGUAUGCGACCUUUGUAACACCACAGACUUUCUUUAAGAUCACUCCCACCCACCCAGGGGGAACAAUUGGUACAGUUUUAUGCAAAUCGGUGACGGGUGGCUGCCUCGCAUGGAUUGCUGGAAUCUCCUCAGUAGUCACUUUGGUUGCAAUUGCCGCUAAACGAUAUUUUGCGGUAAUCUACCCUGCUGGUAGCAUGGGCAAACUUACCAAGCGUAAACUGAAGGUGAUCAUUCCUGGUUCAUGGAUCUUCGCAUUGAUAGUCAACAUACCACUGUUUCUAGUCUUAAACGUAAAGGACAAUGCCUGUACGUUGAGUGAAGAAUGGAUACAGAAAGUUUAUAUUUUGUACUGGACAGCCAUCGUAAUUGCAGCCAUAGUACUGAUGGCUGGGUUGUAUUCCAGAAUCGUGUGCACCAUCUGGUUCAAACAUGGGCCCGACAAUCAACUUACCUUUCAACAGAGGGUAAGCAGUAAGGGAGCUCAUCAGUCACCGUAAUCUGAGUUCUUUUGGCCACUUACAAAUGUAUCUAUAAAUUGAAAGAAAACCUAAAAAUAGCAUUUUACUAAGAUAGAAAAACACGAAAGAGAUACCGUUGAGCAACAGUGAUAGUUAGGGAUGGAGAAGAUUGACACGGAUUAUAAACAACAGACGUAAAAAUGUCAGGCUAAAUUUUUAAGUUGCGCAAACAAUGACGAAGCUACUUUGAGAAACAAGAUCAAUAUGUGAACGCUUUUCGUUGGCUGCUCUGACGAUAGCUACUGAAGUGUUCAAAUGAACGCUCAUGACUGAAACUUGCAGAUAGCCACGUUUUUUUUCAAUUAUAUUCUGGUGCCCGAACAUUCUGGAAACGUCUUGUUCGAGCGUUGCUGUUAAGUGAAUACUCUCCACCAAGCAGUAACCAUGGAAAACAAACGCAAACAAAAUAUCACUCUCUCUGUUUUUUGAAAUGUCUUCACCUUUGUAAAUACUCUGAAUACUUAAGAAUGGCUGACUGUUAGGA